GAGGAGAGACGCUGAGAGGAAGGGCGGGGCUUGGGGGAGAGAAAACGAACCUAACCCGGAGAAUAAGGCCAGAAGUGCGGUCAAAGGGGCCCGAACUAAGGCUAGAGGGCUGGGACUGCCAAGGAGGCGCUGGGUUAGGGAAGUACAGGAAGUAGAGGCCGGACCCGGGAGCAGGGUCAGGACUUCCGCGGAGAGGGGGGGGGGGGGGGGGGGUAGGUGGGGGCGGAAAAGGCGGAGCCGGGGAGGGCGGGGAGGCCCAAGGGUGGGGCUGAGGGAAUAAAAGCACGGCGGCCUCCUGGGUGCUGCUUAUCUACGUUGGAUCACUUCCUACGGUAACCUGUGCGCUGUUGAUCGCGAACACACCAUGGCCGGGUCCUUGCGCACCCCGCUGCUCCUGCUAGCCGCUGUGGCCCUGACUCUGGCUCUGGCUGUGAGUCCCGGGACCGGCAGGAGAAACAACAAGUCUGCACUGGUGGGCGCCCCGUUGGACGCCGACGUCAACGAGGAGGGCGUGCAGCAGGCGCUGAACUUCGCCCUCAGCGAGUACAACAAGGCGAGCAACGACGCGUACCACAGCCGUGCGAUGCGGGUGGUGCGUGCCCGAAAGCAGGUCGUGGCUGGGAUGAACUACUUCUUGGACGUGGAGAUUGGGCGAACCAGAUGUACCAAGUCCCAGCCCAACUUGGACACCUGUCCCUUUCAUGACCAGCCACACCUGAUGAGGAAAACGCUCUGCUCUUUCCAGAUAUACACUGUACCCUGGAUGGGCAAGACAUCCCUGGUGAAGUCCAGCUGCCAGGAUGCAUAGAGGACCCUGUGACAGGCUGGGUUGCUCUGACCCCCUUCUCCCACCCUGCUCCCCCCUUGUAGAACUCCUAAUCCUUGGAAGGGUGGCCCUGUCCAGGUGAUGUCCCCUCAGUGUGCUGGUCCCAGGAGACAAAUAGAAAAGGGUUCUGGGGCAUUUUCUGAACAGCUAAGUGACUGUAACUCCUUUCUUUUAAUUGUUUUCCAAAUGUACCAGUAUGUAGUGCACUUGUUCUGCUCUAUCUUCAUCAAUAAAAAGUAACAUCAGCUA